CGGGACAGUGACGCUCCGUCUUGCCAAUUUUCCCCCAAGAAAAAGCCCUAACUUUCUCUCUCUAAAAAUUCUCCCCAUUUCUCUCUUAAUCUUCCAUUUUUUCGGAAUUUUCCCUCAAUUUCACUCCUUUUGAUUAUUGUUGGGUACACUGUUCAAGUUAAAACAGUCCUUCUCGGAGUUAUACUACAGCUGAAGCAGACCCAAAUUUUCAGAUUCACUGGUGUCUCUGUUUAUCUUCCCGGAUGGUUUGAGGAAUUUUUUGAGGUAGUGGUGCAGUUUAGCCAUGGGGAGCAGUGAUAUUGACAAAUCCUCUAAGGAGGCAAAGGAGUCAAAGGAGGCGAAGACUCCUAAUUCACAGGAGCAAGCUUCAUCUACUGCUACUGGUACAGUAAAUCCAGACUGGCCCGGAUUUCAGGGAUAUUCACCGAUGCCUCCACAUGGGUUCAUGGCUUCAAGUCCUCAAGCACACCCUUACAUGUGGGGAGUUCAGCAUCUUAUGCCACCCUAUGGUACUCCACCACAUCCUUAUGUCGCAAUGUAUCCCCAUGGUGGAAUAUAUGCUCAUCCAUCCAUUCCUCCGGGAUCAUACCCCUUCAGCCCCUUUGCGAUGCCAUCUCCAAACGGCGUUGCUGAAGUUGCAAUUAACACCUCUGGCAAUACUGAAUUAGAUGGUAAAUCAUCUGAGGUAAAGGAGAAAUUGCCCAUUAAAAGAUCUAAAGGAAGCUUGGGUAGUUUGAAUAUGAUUACAGGCAAGAACAACGAACUUGGUAAAACGUCUGGAGCAUCUGCAAAUGGAGUCUACUCUAAAAGUGCCGAGAGUGGAAGCGAAGGCUCAAGCGAAGGAAGUGAUGCAAAUUCUCAAAAUGAGUCACCAAUGAAGUCAGCAGGCAGGCAAGAUUCAGCUGAAGAAGCAUCUCAAAAUGGCAAUUCUGCUCAUAGUUCUCAGAAUGGAGGAACUAGUGCUCCUCAUUCAUUGGUCAACCAAACUAUGGCAAUCAUGCCAAUGUCAGCUGUGGGUGCUGGCGGUGUUCCUGGCCCCACAACCAACUUGAAUAUUGGUAUGGACUACUGGAAUGCCGCCGCUUCACCAAAUAUUCCUGCAAUCCAUGGGAAGGUACCGUCUGCUUCAGUUGCUGGAGGAAUAGUUAAUGCUGGAUCAAGGGAUAUUGUCCAAUCACAAAUGUGGAUUCAGGAUGAAAGGGAGCUCAAGAGGCAGAGAAGAAAGCAGUCCAACAGGGAAUCUGCACGUAGGUCUAGGCUACGGAAGCAGGCAGAGUGUGAUGAACUAGCACAGCGUGCUGAAGUUCUAAAGGAAGAAAAUGCCUCUCUUAGAACAGAACUGAGUCGUCUAAGGAGUGAGCAUGACCAACUUGCUUCUCAGAAUGCUUCUCUUAAGAGCUCUCCAUCUUUUUCUGUCCCGAGGCUAGGAAUUGGACUAGGAAAGGCCCAAACCAGAAGCUGGACGAUAAGAGCAACAGCGUCAGGAAGUUCAGGAGGUGAUUUGGUCCCAGUUGCUCCUGUUCAGUUGGAGUCAGCUGUUGGUCAAUUUUUAGCACAGAUGUUGCAAACCCAUCCCCAUCUGCUCCCUGCAGCUAUUGAACAGCAGCUGGAGAACCUUCAGAAUGAAAGGGAUGCCCAGUUAAAGGAAAACCAGUCUUCAACCAAAGAUGUCCUCCAAAAGAGAAUAGCUGAAGUCAGAGAGAAAGAAAGGCGGAAAAUAUUAGAGGAGAUUCUGUACUGCUUAAUUGUACAUAAAUUUGUAGACAAUGACAUUUCAAUGAUCCCAAAAAUAUCUGAAACAUCAGAUCCUACUGGAAAUGUGGGUUAUUGGCCAAAUCAAGAGCAGAAGCUAGAAUCCGUACACUCCCCUGAUGCAUUUGAAAUGAUCAUCAGUCACAUAUCUAUAGUUCUCGGUGAGCGUGCUGUGGGCCCUCUGGAUAGCAUUGUUCAAAUGAGCAAAAUCAAACUUGGUAAGCUCUAUGCUGCUUCUAUUAUGUAUGGAUAUUUCCUCAAAAGGGUUGACGAACGUUAUCAACUUGAGAGAUCGGUGAGUAAGCCUCCUGAGAAUUUCCAGAUCUCAACAAAUCCUGAUGAGCCAGCAGCACCGAGACAACUAUGGGAUCCAGAUUCAUUGAUAGAAAUUUACCCUGAAGAUGGUGACAGAGAAGGUUUUGCAGUUUCUGAUAUUGAGGGUAAACCAGAGAGGCUGAGAUCCUAUGUGAUGUAUUUGGAUGCGGACACAUUACAGAGAUAUGCAACCUUACGAUCAAAGGAAGCAGUUACUGUGAUUGAAAAGCAGACGCAAGCAUUGUUUGGAAGGCCUGAUAUUAAAGUUUCUGGUGAUGGUACCCUAGAUGUAUCUAAUGAUGAAGUUCUGUCUGUUACAUACUCUGGUUUGACAAUGCUGGUGCUGGAGGCAGUUGCUUUUGGAUCAUUUUUAUGGGAGACAGAAAGCUAUGUGGAGUCUAAAUACCAUAUUAUUAAUAGCUAGAGAUACUCUUUUGUACUUCAACAAGAAAUAUCUUUUCAUCUUCUAGUUCUGUAUAUUGUUUACUCGUUCGAACCCACUAAGCAUGAAUUUUGUAUCUGAUAAUCAUCAGACUCAUAUAACAUGUUUUACACGUA